UUCGCGUAGUUAGCACCGAGAGACAGUGUAUAUAAAGAUCGUGUUUUAUUUUUAUCACCACAUUUGCAUCCUGGUCGAACGAAAGAAAGCAUAAACACUAAAUAAAACGAAAAGGUUGACGGCAUAUGUAUACAUCAACCAUGGGUCGCUUUUUAUUACUAGUUUUCUUCUCAGUUUGUUUGACCGGACAAAUAUGCUUCGGAAUUAAAAAUCUUUGCCGCUACAAAAUAGAGGAUUCAACAAUUAACACGGCUUUUGCGAAACGUUCCGAAUUGUGCAGUGGCAAUAAGAGAGAGUGCAAGAGACUGUUUGGUUGGCUCAAGCCCACACCCAGUGGUUAUUAUGAAGACUGUUGUCCUGGCUGGACACAUAAAACCAAACUUGGAUGUAUUAAAAGAACAUGUAUUGCCCUGCCACAGGACGUGCAGAAAUUUCCGCUGAGGCUUACCUGUGCGCCAAAACGUAAAAUCAACCUAGGAUUGCAGAAAAGGUUUUACAAGCUGACUAAACCUCUGGAUGAACCACUGUCCUAUCCUAAUCAGACUAAAAACCUCCUCGAGGCAGUACCAUUUCCAUUACUGGACCAACCAUCAGUCAAUGUGUUGUUACGCAGCAUUACUUCUUCCGAUGAAAGUGGCUGGGUGAUACGCUAUCUUGGAAUGGCUAAAAGAAAUGAGAAGAUGGCGGAGGAAACAAAGAAAACUCUUCCGGAGUUUACAACGUAUUCGGACUACGAUAAAUUAUUUAAAGAAUAUCUCAAAGUACAACCUCAGCCUCUCGUGUCUCUUAAAAUCCCCUUUUUGCCGGGUAAAACCUUCGAUUUUAUUUCCAUGGAGCAAUACAUGAGGUAUCCUUCUCAAGAAUUACCGUUUAAAGAUAUCAUUCAACAUAAUGAUUGGCAAAAUGACGAUGUGUUCGCUAUGCAGCGUUUGGCGGGCUUAAACACAAUGUCUCUAAGAAAAAUGACGAUGGAAGAUUUUAACAAAAAUCACUUCAACAAAACGUACGACUGGGACGCAGCAAUGCAGCGAGCAUCGGGACAAGAACUCUCGUUUAAAGAGAUGAUCAGUACUGGAAAAGUAUUCAUAAUCGACUACGAAUUGCUUUUUGAUCUCACUAAUGUGGAGGAUUAUACAGAACGAAAUACCACAGAUAGGCGAGAAAUGAGAGGAUCACGGAGUCCAUUAUGCGUGUUUGUUUCAACUGCAAACGGAUUAAAACCUGUAGCGAUCCAAACUGACCUACGUUCAGAUGCUCCUGUAUUUUCCCCCGUUGAUGGCUUAAAGUGGUUGAUGGCGAAGCAAGAAUUUCAAAAUGCGGACAUCCUUUAUUCUCAACUUAUUGAACACUUGUUGAAGACUCACCUCGUCAUGGAACCGAUCUGUGUAAUCUUGAGAUGUACUGUAUCGAAGUAUCAUCCUCUGUUUCAAUUACUCAAGUGGCAUUGUCGAGGCUUGUUUGUCACAAACAGUCUUGGAAUAAAGGCUCUCUUGGACGAGGGUGAAUUUUUGCAUAAAUUGUUUGCUGUUGGGCACGUUGGUGCAAUAGAGUUUCUUAACGAGGGUUAUAAGUAUUCAACGUGGAAGGACACGGAGUUUAAGAAGAACCUCAAGAGGCGUGGCGUUGACGACGUGAAUGUCUUACCUUAUUUCCCCUACAGAGACGACGGAAUGCUUAUCUUCGAACAGGUCGAAGGUAUAGCAAAGGAAUAUGUAAAAUUAUAUUAUCAUACUGACAAAGAUGUGACAGAUGACUUUGAGCUGAGUAAUUUUGCAAACCAUUUGUCAGCAGAUGGCACGGGAACAGAGUGUGGAAACGGAAUGAUUAAGGAGUUCCCAGUAAAAAUCCAAACGGUUGCUGAACUUAUCGAUGUCAUUACUCGAAUUGUUUUCAUCCCUAUCCAACACCACGCUGUUAACUAUCCUGUGGCGUAUUAUGGAGGGUUUGUUCCAAAUAUGCCCUCAAAACUUUACGACGAUCCACGUGUCCCAUAUCAAGAGUUUGGGUUUGACCGAUUGCCACAAUCGCAUGUAGCUACGGAGCAAAUCUCGCUGUUCAUGACCUUAGGAUCGAUCCGAUACGAUACUAUCUUUGAUUAUGGCGAUCAUCUCAAAGAUGACCGUGCUAAAGCUGUUGUGAAAAAAUACCACGAGCGACUUAUAGGAGAGGUGAAUGACAAAAUUACUCAACGAAAUAAGGAGAGGUUGGCAGAUGGGAAGUUAUCCUAUCCAUACCUCCUUCCAAAAUGGUUGCCAAACAGUAUUCAUACAUAAUGUCGAAUAUAUCUUUAUAUAUUCUAAUAUAUCUAUACUUAUUCAUUAAAAUAGGUGAACAAGCAUUAACUUAGAUUUACUAUACUGGCAUUUUCGAAAACCUUUUAGUUUUUAUUAUAGUUGAUUUGAUGAUUUUUGUUAUUUGGCAAUUGGCAUUGAUUAAUAACAUCUCAGGUUGUCA